GAGAAUAGAGAGAUUCAAUUUCAAAAUAAUCAAAAGGUCUCUCUUGCUCUCUCACUUUCAAGGCCACAGUGAUUCCUCCAAGUGGAGUCUUAUGAUUGCCACACCACACAGAAACCUCAAAAGCUUUGUCACCUGGCUCAGCCAUGACUCCCAGCUCCGACCACCCUCUCGACUGGAAGUUCUCUCAGGUUUUCGGCGAACGAGCUCCCGGUGAUGAACUUCAGGAAGUUGAUGUGAUAUCUGCUAUUGGAUUCGACAAGAGUGGUGAUCACCUUGCCAUUGGAGAUCGAGGUGGCCGCUGCGUAAUCUUCGAGAGGAAGGAUGGGAAACAUAAUUUGGAUGAGCACCGUUCUCGACUUGAACUGGAGCAGUUGGACGUUACGUCCACCCAGCAUCCGGAAUUCCAAUUCAAGACCGAGUUUCAGAGUCAUGAACCGGAGUUUGACUACUUGAAGAGUGUCGAAAUUGAGGAGAAGAUCAACAAAGUAAAGUGGUGCGCAACAUCCAACGGAUCCCAGUUUAUUCUUUCAACAAAUGACAAGACAAUAAAACUGUGGAAGGUUAAGGAAGGUAAGGUGAAGAAAGUAAAAGAAAUGAACCCUGGUCCACUUACGAGUUCAGAUAAUGUGCUUUUGUCUGAAAAGAGUUUCAUCAGUAGAGAAGAUAAACCUACUGUUGCUAAUGGCUAUCGUCAAGAAUGGGCGGAGAAGAUGGCUAAUAACGUGUCCCAGUAUCAAGACAUACAUGCCAAGGUUGCUGACGCUGAAGACACUGCCCAAACGAGAUGCCGAAAGGUGUAUGCUCAUGCUCAUGAUUAUAAUAUUCACUCCAUCUCAAAUAAUAGCGAUGGUGAAACUUUUCUUUCUGCAGAUGACCUUAGAAUAAACUUGUGGAAUCUUGAGAUCAGCGAUCAAUGUUUCAAUAUUAUAGACAUGAAGCCACCGAACAUGGACGAUCUGACUGAGGUCAUAACAUCGGCUGAAUUCCAUCCCGUUCAUUGUAAUCUGCUUGCAUACAGCAGCUCAAGAGGUUUUAUUCGCUUAGUUGACAUGAGGCAGUCAGCUUUAUGCGAUAACAGUGCAAGAAUAUUACAAGAUGGAGAUUCAAAUGCUUUAAAGUCAUUUUUCACAGAAAUUAUUGCAUCCAUCUCUGACAUCAAGUUUUCAAAGGAUGGGCGGUACAUCUUAAGUCGUGACUACAUGAAUCUAAAGCUCUGGGACGUGCAUAUGGAUUCUUCACCAGUUGCAAUAUACAGGAUUCAUGAGCACCUGCGCCCUAAGUUAUCUGAGUUGUAUACUAAUGAUCGCAUAUUUGAUAAAUUUGGGUGCUGCUUCAGUGGAGAUGGACUUCAUUAUGCAACUGGGUCUUAUAGCAACCUAGUACGCAUUUUCUCCCAUGGUAUUGGAGGUGAAGAAGGAACUACAAUAGAAGCUAGCAAAACUCCUAACAGGAAGCCACUUCCGCGGGCUGCUCCAAGGGUUAGGAGGUCAUCCUUGAGCAACCUGGCAAGAGGAUUUUACCGGCAUGGGCAUGAAAAUUCAAGCUCGGCCGGUAACGAUAUCAGUUAUGACUUAAGCUCCAAGCUAUUACAGGUGGCAUGGCAUCCAGAAGCAAACUUAAUUGCUAGUGCAGCUGGGAAUAGCUUGUUCAUGUAUUAUGCAUAGCUUUGUACACAGUUACUCUAAAACAGUUAUUGUAAAUAGGGUCUCAAUUUCUCCCUAUAAACUAGGUAGUAACUUGAAAGUCCUGUAGUUCCCUCUGUUGGGGCACUGGCAUUAGCAAACAAGGCUAAUAUGACUCCAAACGUGACAAUAUUAUUGUUCAUAUCUCGUGAAAAAAAAAAGGUAAAAGAUAGAAGAGCUUCCCUUAUUCUUUUUCA